UUUGCGAUGUGGGUCGGGGCCGUGGACAUCACGUACGGGCAGGCGCUCGGGCCGCCCGGGUACCACCGAGCGACGAGUCCGCUCGGCGUUGCGGCCGAGGUCGCGCCGCAGACGUAUCUAUGGUAUAAGACAUUGGCGACAGCGACGCCGCUGCGCGACCUCCGCGUCGGCCGGCGCGACGCGACGCUGCCGGACGGCUUUACGCGCUUGCCAAAGGCCGUGCUGCGUACCGAGAGCGACGCUGACAUGCUCUUUCUGUGGACGUCGACGCGCGAGACGACGCCCGAGACGACGUACGACUAUGACAACCGACCGCUGGACCCGCUGCGGCCAAUCAAGGAGCUCAAGAUCGUGCGCUCGAUGGACGACGUGCCGCCGUCGUUCGAGUGUGCGGCCGGCGCGACGCACAUCGACCUCGGUAUCAUUUGCUUUCGCCGUGCGACGUCCGACGAGAUCGAGCGCGUCGAAGAGGAGGCGCGCGAGCCGACAGCCGCGGUCGUCCGAAAGACGCAGCUCGGCACCGGUCUCUGGGUCGAUGUGCUCGAUCCCGUCACAACCAAGUGGUACAUCGGCCAAGUGCGCGGCAACACCAACACGACGCUGCCAUCUGCGGCGAGCGCGCAGGUCGUGCCGCAGGACGCGUGGCUGGUGCACCUGCCCGGGUACAAGACGCCGUUCAAGGAGCUGCUCGUGCCCAGCGCCCACGUGCGCACUCGGACGGCGCCGAUUGGGACGCACACAGAUUUGCACGCAUCGCCGUCCUACCCGCUGCUGCGCGUCUUGCCGCGGCGCCACGUCGGACGCUCCGACAUUGCGACCAUGCAGACCGCAUUGGACGCGUGCUUCUUCGACAUGACACGCUCGUUCUUUGCGGACGCGCUACUUCCGUUUCUCGAAGCGGUCCUCGCAGCGCCGUGUCGGGAGCUCGAUGUCGCGAAUGGUCUCCAGUCCUUCUUCCAGCACACGCUCAAGUACUGGGCGUCGUUUGUCCUAAGCGCCGAGACGCUGCCACUCAGCGAGGACCGCGUGUCAUCUUCGCACUUUAUGGCCGUCGCCAAGCUCUUACUCAAUGGGUUUGACGGCUGCAACGGCUACUACCUUCCGGACACGCAUGCGGUCGGGUGGGAAGCGGCGUCGGACCUCGAACACGUGACGUACCUGGACCAUGUUGCGAGCGGCGCGUACCGCAGUGCGCCGUGUCGCUCCAUGUACUUUGUCGAGACGGUCGAGUACUUUUUCCAAGUCGGCGGGUACCGUGCGAUCGUGCAGCGUGUCAAGGACGCUUCGAUUCCGCUCUCCGAAGUCGACAUGUAUUUGAGCUUUUUCCUGCACGCCAAGCCCAUCUUGACGCCGACGACGGCCGACGAAGAGCAGCUCGUGACGCUCUUGCAUGCGGUCCUCGGACGCCUCGCGACCGUCGACAUGGAGCUCAUCAAGGACGACUCGGGGCUUCUGGACGCGCUCUUGGAAAAGGUGGAGACGCUCUUUGGGGUCUUGCACACUGUCGACGUGCUCGAGCACUUGGAACUCGCGCACCUCGGGCUCGCGAAAGCGUACCUCUGCUGUCCGUACUUGGGGCAGCAGCUCGCGGGCCUCACGCGCUUGCUGCACUGGAUGGAGAAGGCCCAGCGCCACGACGCGUUCCUCGCGCAGCACACGUCACGGACGUCGACGCCAAUCCCCAAGAAGCGCAUCGGGUCGUUCGGCUCGAUUGGUGCGAUGCUGCGCACGUCGUCGACCUCGAUCACGUCAUCGAUGACGAUCACGUCGUCGACGAUGCCGCCACCCAGUGUCUGUGCGCGCUGGCUCCGCGCCGAGACGUUUGUUCAAUGGGUUCUGGACGCGAACGUGCUCGACCUCGUGCUGGGUGACGCGCCGACGCUCGCUGCUGUCGGCUUGCGGGACGCGCACAUUGAAGUGUGGAAGCGCACCGGCCCGCUCUUGUUGCUCGUCGCGCAGCAGGAAAAGCUCACGCGCCACCAUUUGCACUUGCUCUGGGCCCACGCGAUCAAGCCGCAGCAGUCCUAUCGGCGGAAAACUGUGUUUGAGAUGCUCCUCCACCUGGCGUCUUCGAUGGUCGUCUCGCUCAUUGGUGCGGUCGCUGAGCUCUGGACCGACGUCGCCACGUACGAUGCGCUCACGGUGCACUUCCUCACGCGCAUCACGCGGCUUGCCAACGGCAAGGCGCACCAGGCGCAGAUUGGCGAUGACGACCGCGCGCUUCUCGAUGGAAUUGCGGCCAAGGGCGUCGACUUGCUCUGGCACGCGAUGCUGGCCAACCCGGGGGAGGUCCUCGCGCCACUGACGACGCUGCUGCACGACAUGGACGCGAUCGAGUCGACGACCCGCCGUCGCGACACGCUGGGCGAGUACGUCGCCCGCAGUAUCGACAGCUUGCGCCGUGGCUGCGACGUCUCGACGCACUUGACGCUGCUCGAGACGAUAGUGCGCGGCGCGGCGCCCGAUGAAAGUGCAUUGCAGAACGUCACGUCGGCGGUCAUCCUCUCGUCGCUCAAGAAUGCCAUGAAGAUCCACCCGUUCGACAGCGUCCUUCAGCGCUUUGAGACGUCGUUCCAGCUCGUGUCGCUCGUGCUCGACCUUGUCGCGUCCCACCCGACCGAGUCGCUGGUGUUCCUGGCGUUUGUGCUGACCAACUCGGGUCUCGGGCUCACGUUUGACCACUUGGCUCACAUUCAGGCAGCGGUCGACCGCACGGCUUUCUAUGGCUGGCUCCAACUCGUGUUGCCCGAGUGCCUCGAUGCAAUGACGAUGAAGGGCCGUGCCGUGUUGCCCAUGGGCUUCCUCAGCAACGGUGCGUUCACAGUCGACGUUCUCGAGCGCAUCUUUGAUGACACGGUGUGCGUCGACGCGGCGAUGACGUCCUCGGUCGAAUUCGAGUGCUUUGAGCGGCUCUUCCGCUACCUCAACCACCAUGCGCAGCGGCUCACGGACGCCCAUUUGCCGCGCGACUUUGUCGUCGAUGCGCCAAUGGACCGACUCAAGGGCUUUGGACGACUGUAUAUGCUUGCACUGCGCAGCGGCAACGACGAUGUGAGCGAAGCAGCCCGCGACUACAUCGUGUACCUUCUCCAGCACCUCAGCGUGAAGCGGCUCGUGCGACUGGAUGUGUGGCUCUUCUUUGCCAAGCACGCAGCGUCGGCGCUUGACGUCGGAACGUCCAUGGAAACGUCGCGCGCGCUGAAUCUACUGAGCACGUUCCUGCAUCACGCGCGGCCGCUGCAAGCCGCGGCGGCCAGAGUGCCGUCGCUCGAGCCCCUUGUCGUGUACAUCAAGUCGCAGGACGGCCGCACGUCGCCGCCGCUGCACUACAACGUGCCCAAAAGCUGCCUCGUCGGCGAGCUCCGCGACCGCAUCGCCGCCGAUGUCGGCCACUUUGCCGAGGGCAUUCGGCUUUUGACCGACACCAAGACGCGGCUCAGCGUGCGCAAUCACAAUCACAUGACGCUGGCGGCCGCCAACGUGUUCAACUCGAUGACGCAGCGCUCGUACGUCGAAGUGAUUUUGCUCAAGAAGCCCGAGACCGACACGAUCGGCCAUAUCAAGUCCAACCCGCUGCAGUGGACGACGCAGGACGCGGCGAGCGACUGGGCGACGGUCCAGACGUGGCUCGGCGCCAACGUCCGCAGCACGCUGCUGACGUUCGUGUCGCACCCGCGUCUCGCCGAAGCCGCGUGGCGACUCCUAUCGCUCCUGCUCGUCCAGACAGCGCUCUUGGAGCAAGUGCAUUUGCUGCAUGUGGACGACUGGAGCGACGUGCUCUCGGGCCAGAGCGCACUGCUGCUCUACCACCUCCAAGUGCUCCAGCCGUACCAGAGCCAGCUCGAGUGGAUGCGCCGCUUUGUGGGCUUGCGCGGCCCCGAGCACGUCUGCGAGUUGAUUCUCGCAGGUGACGCAGCCGCCGUCACUCGAACGCUUGACGCGCAGUGCUGGCGCAGCCUCUUCAAGUGGCUCAGCGUCAGUCUGCACGAGAAGCUCGAGUGGACUCCGACCGGCGAGGAUAAGGUGUGGCACGCCCUGGUGCACAAAAUUGUCUUGGUGACCCAGCACGUACUGACGCGACGGGCGUCGACGGUUGCGACCAAGGCGACGACGACGGUGCAGUAUCCCGUGCCGCCGUUGGUCGACGACGAAAGCGACGUCAGCGACCGGCUCCUCGCCAACGCCGUCGCGCUGCUCCAGCGUCUUCUUGCAGCGCACAAGAGCGCGGCACCAGCCUUUGUGUCGCACCCAAACGCACCCGAUGUCGUCCUCGGUGCGCUCGAGCACCCGUCGGCCAGUGUUCGAAGUGACGCGGCGACGUGUGUCCGCGGUCUCUGUGACGUCGACGCGUCGCUUCUCUCGUUCGCGAUCAACCUCUUUGCGGGCUACGACGCACCGACGAUCGUGCACAUGGAUCUCUUGUACGUGUACGGCGAUCUCGUGCAGAAGGGCGUGCCCGACGGCUUUGACACGGCGUCGGCCGCGCUGCGCCUCGCUCGCCGCCUCGAAUCGCUCGCCCCCGGUGCGGCGGCGCAGCCCAUCUUUGAAGGCUUACUGCAUACGCUGCUGUGUCUUCUCAAGCCAAACAAGGAUGCCCAAGACGCCGUCUUGGCGCAACUAGACCUUAUUCACGAGCUGUACCUGCACUGCCUCUUUCCGGAAGCGCCGUUGCGUCCGUCGACGACCGACUUGAUUCAACCAAAGUGCACGGCGGCGGGCGCCCGGGCGCUGGCGUUCCAGCUGCUCUCGGUGCUCUGCGAUGCCGGCAGUGCGGGGCUCGCUGGCCUUCUUGCCAAGAUGCGACCGCAGCACUCGUUUGAGCGCAACCCGGCCAAGCCCGUCAAGGCCAAGAAGGGCAACAAGAAGAAGAUUGCCCAGGCCAAGCCGACGGUCCGCGGGCCUUUUGUCGGCCUCAAGAACCUCGGGUGCACGUGUUAUCUCAACUCAGUCGUGCAAGCGUGCUUCUUCAUCCCGGCGUUCCGAGCGCUCGUCUUCUCGACGCCCGCGAGCCGCCCGCACUCGCUGCUCUUCCAGAUCCAGUCGCUCUUUGCCCACUUGAGUGCGAGCUCACGGCCGUACGUCUCGCCGGCGCCGCUGCUGAGCGUCCUCCACACGAGCGACGGGUCGCCCAUCAACGUCAAGCUGCAGCAAGACGCGAGUGAGUUCUUGACGUCGUUUUUGCAGCAGCUCGAGUCGGAGAUCAACGGCAACCAUACCGCCGAGACGCAACUCCACGCGUCCCUCGGCGGCCUCUUCAGCAACGAACUCGUGGCCGAUGGCGACAAGUACAGCGAGCGCCUCGAGCCAUUCCACUUUGUCUCGGUCCAAGUCCGCGACCGGCCGCACCUCGAGGCUUCGUUGGACUCGUGGGUCGAUGGCGACAUGGUGAGCUACACGUGGGACACGCCGAAUGACGGCAAGCAGACGCUCGAGACGCACAAGCGCAUUUCAAUCCAUACGCUGCCAAACGUCCUCGUCUUCCACCUCAAGCGAUUUGAGUUUGAUUUUGAGACGAUGCAGCAAAUCAAGCUUCACGAUGCGUUUGAAUUCCCCAUGGAGCUCGACAUGCGCCGGUACACCAAGGAAGGCCAAGCACGGCGCCGCAACGAAGAAGACAUGGCGUGGCGCGCGCCCGAGUACUACCUCUACGAAUGCUCGGGUGCGAUCGUGCACGUCGGGACGGCGCAGUCGGGUCACUACUACUGCUACCUGCGCGACCCCAAGGCGACAGCUUCGUGGGUCGAGUGCAACGACACGCUCGUCACGCCCUUUGAUGCGACGCAGCUGCCGCACGAGUGCUUUGGCGGCCUCCGCGCGCACGACGACGGUCGCCGGUCGCCAAGCGCCUUUAUGCUGCUCUACACGCGCAAGGCGACGUCGAUUCCCGUGGCUAUGCCGGCGCCCGUCCGCCGCUUUGCAUCGAUCGUGCGAGCUGUUGUGUUUCUGAAGCGGCUUCUCAAGCGUCGGGCGUUGGUGCCGUCGCCGGCUCCGCUCCCCAGUGCCAUCUACGCCAGCAUCGAGGCUGAGAACCGGUCGUUCUGGCGCAAGCAGUACCUGGCCGACGUCGCGUGCAAGAGCUUCACGCACGACCUCGUGGCCAACUGCUUUGAUGCGAACAUGGUGUUUGCCCCGGCGUCGCUGCGGCUGGAGGCGCUGCAGUUUGCAACCGCCUUUGUGUUUGGCACGCUCUGGCAGUGCCGCGAAGUCGACCGCAUCGGCGUCUGGACACCAAUGCUGACGGCGCUGUACGACCAAGAACCGUUGGGCGCCGACUGGUUCUUGCAGUCGAGUGUCGACCACCCGACGCUGCUCGCCGACGUGAUCGUGGACGAAGACGACGUGGUCAUGGCGCCGUUCCGUCAUGUCGCACGGGUGAGUCUUCAGCACGCGUCGACGCCGGCCCUCGCGUCAGCGUUUGUCGCCAAGUGUGUGGGAACGCAGUUGUCGACUCUGCGGCCCGUCGUUCUCGAUCUCUUGCAUGCGUACGCGGCGCAGAGCAGUGCCGCUUGCCACGAGCUCGUCAAGGACCACCACCUGCUGACGGUGCUGCCGCAAGCGCUGCUGGACGCAGACGAAGGCGGAAAUGAGCGCCACGAAAGCCGGCUCUUGACUCUCAUUGCAAUGCUUUUGGAUGCGUACGGCCAGGACGACUUGUACGCGGUGCUGCCGGCCGAGGCGAUCGAGCUGCUGACCUCGAGUGCGUGGAUGCACCACCUGCUUGAGCGUCGGGGCGCGACGUUCUCGUUCAACGACGAGACGCUCGCAUGGCGGCGCAUUGUGUGGCGGCUCUGCACGGGGGCGGCGGCCACGUCGUCGGCGUGGCUGAGCGUCCUGCUUGCGGCCAUUGAGAGCAACGACCACCACGAACUCAAGCCGUACUUUCGCGCGCUCAUGGUGCUGCUCUCGCUCGACGACGACCUCGCGAUGGACCGCCUCGACGAUGCGAUGACGCAGUUCAUUGCGCUCCUUGCGUCCCAGCAACGCUACUUCAAGGCGACCGAGACGUCGAUCGACAUGAUGUGCCGCAUCGCCAAGCGCAUUCCGACGGUGCGUACGUGGCUGUAUGAGAACCAGCGGAGCUGGGCGUGGACGGAGAAGUGGCUCGAGGCGCACGCAGGUCCGCAAGGGUGGCUGCAGCAAGGCAAAACGGUCCUAGUCAAGCCCCACUCGACAAGCACGUGGAAGGACGUACCGCUGUCGCACCCCGCGCUCGCCAAGACGAUCGACCGGUCCGUCGCCAAGUUUGUGCCGCGCGUGCGGGCGCUUCUCGCGGGCCAAGCGCCGAGCGACGUGCAAUAUGACAGCGACGACGACCCGAUCGCUCUCGUGGGCGCACGGAUCAAGGUCAAGUGGGCGCGGGAAAAGUGGUAUGCAGGUCGCGUCGAGCGCUACGACCCGGCCAAGCUCGAGCACUCUGUCGUGUACGAUGACGGCGAGAAGAAGAGCUACAAGAUGACGGACAAGGUCUUUCUGCGCCUCGACGUACCCGCGAUAGAAGGUCCCUAGUCGGUUUAUACCAAACCAUUUUGCAUCGUGCGUGUCCCUACCCUUGUACAAGGGGCCGAUCGCGGCCAUUUGUGUACAAAAUUGUACUGAAAACACAACGAAAACCGAUCAAAAAUCGAGAAA